AUGGCUGAGAAAACCGCCCACCAGCAGCCAUCGCCAUCGCCAGUGCGGUCUGGCAUGAGACAUAACGAGGAUAUCCGGUGCAUCGUGUCUACCUUUCUUUUUUUCCUCGUCUUUGUCAUCACCUGGCACUAUUUCUCAUCGCCGUUGGCUGGAGGUUGGGUUUCGCUUACACUAUGGCUGUCGCUCUUCCAGCUGUCCUUUAUGGGCGCCGUGACAACGCAUAAUGCGAUUCACUUGCCUGUCUUCUGGAGUAGGAACUGGAACAACUUCUACCAGAUCUGCUUGUCUCUCCAGUACGGAGGCGCUGUUACGGUCUUCAUCCCUGGUCACAAUCUGUCUCAUCACAAAUACCCUCAGCAAGCACGAGAUGUCAUGCGCACCACUAAAGUCCGAUAUAGCUGGAAUCUCUUGAACGGUCUCCUGUUUUUCUGGCAUGUUGUUCUGUCGGGCAACAAGGAUGAUAAGUUGUACUUUGAGGCCCAGGCACGUCUUAAUCGACCCAUCGUGAGGCAGCGCCGCCGCGAAGAGAUUGCCGUCUGGGGUACUACUGCAGUGCUCAUCUUGAUCGAUUGGCGUCGAUGGAUCUGGUUUGCGCUUUUGCCGCAAUUCUAUGCAAAGUACUGCAUUCUGUCAUUGAACUUCCUCCAGCACGACGGCUGCGACAUGAGCUCCAAGUACAAUUUUGCGCGCAAUUUCACAGGCAUUACGCUCAAUUACUUGUGCUUCAAUAACGGCUAUCAUACCGUGCACCAUUUAUACCCUGGUCUGCAUUGGUCUGUUCUGCCGGAGAAGCACCAGGAGCUUAUCGGGCCUCAUAUUGCCAAGAGUCUUGAGAGCUCCAACAUAUUAGUUUAUAUGUGGAAGAGCUUUAUUUAUCCUGGCCUUCGUCUUGACUACACAGGCCGUCGGCUUGUGAUUACAAAGGAGGAAAACGAGAUGCCUGACGAACCCUGGUUCUACGAUGGGUCAGAGACUUUCUCAAACACGAAGGAAUACCUUUCCCAGGGUAUGAAAUGA